UGAGCGAAGAGCGGAAUUGAAUGCUCUGGUUUUUUACGUUGCGCGCACAAACUCACCGAGGGCACUCGAGCAACCACCAGACAACAUUUGAUCUUGGGUAGUCUUAUGAGUAAAUAAUGUUCCUUAAAAUAGGAAACAACGCAGGAAAGUAUCGUGGAAAGUGAGGAAUUGUGAUAUGAAGAUUAAUUGAGCAAUUUAUACCGUAAAUAUCUUGUUUGUAAGGGUCAUUACCAUAUCAAUUGGAGCGACGUUCCAGGCAAUGGACAUAUUUUUGGUGAAAGCCCUAUCAAUAUAACCAUUUUUUUAUUAUUAUUAUUGUUUGUUCACAAAACACUGUUGAGAUGAAGAGUCGUAUUUUGUACUCUUGCAUGUUAAUUGGCGUGUUUCUGCGGUCGUCCUUUGGUCAAAACACCGCACAAGAAGCAGUAUUGAACUGCUGUGAGGGCUAUGUCCUUUUCUUAUUGGACUCCUCAGGCAGCAUCUCGUCCUAUGAAUACUCUCGUAUGCUGAGCUUCAUGUCUGAGCUCCUCCUCCCCUUCUCAUUGGGCAAAGGUCAGGUGAGGGUAGGCCUACUGCAGGUAGGCACCCAACCACGUCUCGAGUUUGGCUUUGAUGUCCACAAUACCCAAACUAGCCUCCAGAUGUCACUGAGUAACACCAAGCCAUUGAGAGGUGACACCAACACAGAGGAGGCCCUCAGGAUGGCCAAAGAAUGGGUGCUAAGGCCAGAUGGCACCGGGGAGGCUGGAUCAGAUCUUCCCAGGGUUCUAGUGUGGCUGACAGAUGGGGUAAAGCCUGGAGAUGUGAUUGGACCAAUGGAGGAGCUAAGAGAGGAAGGCGUUGCAGUUCUGGUGAUCUCCACAGGCCAUGGGAACUACCAGGUGCUACGGCAGGUGGUCACGCCUCCUGUGGAGUCACACCUGUACUUUGUGGACAUCGAUGAUAUGAGUAUUAUCACUGAAGACCUGAGAGAUGCCAUUAUUGAGAUCCUCCGGGCUGACCGGCUCCAGGUGCGAGACGUUUCCAGUGACAGUGCCGUACUGCAGUGGCGACCAGUUCUGGCCGGUCUGAACGGUUAUUAUGAGAUUCGGUUCGGACCAGCUCCCAGUGGUGGCGGAGGAGCAGGUGGGCCUGGUACCAGUCCCAGUACUAGCGGUGGCCAGUACCAGAGACUGAUCCAGCCGAGGGACUCCAACACGGCAAGGCUGACAGGCCUGAAGCCUGACACCACAUACACGGCCACGCUGACUCCUGAGUCCAACCUGCAGGUGCUCAAGCCCCUCUCUGUUACCUUCAAAACUAAGUCAGAUGUGUUGAGCCCAGCCGUGGUGACAGUGUCUGACUCAGGGACCAGCAGUGUAAGAGUAAGCUGGGGACCUCUCCAACCAGAAUCUGUCAAGAGCUUCCAGGUGGAGUACUCGGCCCUGCCUGGAGGGAAGCUGCACACGGCUUCUGUGGGCCGAGGGCAGAACUCCACCCUGCUGAGGAACCUCCAGCCAGACACCCAGUACCUGGUCACCGUGAUAGCUCGACACGCCUCCGGCCAGGAAAAGGCAAUGUCGGUCAGAGUGUGCACUGAGGAGGUGAGGCCAGCCCUAGCAGACCUGCAGCUAACCACGGUGGGCAGUGACUCUCUGCAGGUGGAUUGGAAAGCCAGUGUGGAUGGACUGAAGGGCUAUUGGCUCACCUGGGAGAAACAAGAUGAUGACCACGGUUCUACAUCUGCCCCACGCUCCUCCCUCUAUCUGCCCCCCCACUUACUGUCUACGCGCCUAACUCACCUUCCCCCGGCCACGCGGGUGUGUGUCUCACCUGUGUACCAGAGGACACGCGGGGAGGGCCUUUGUUGCACAGCCCAGUUUAAUUCAGAUGCAUCGGCUUGGGGACACAGAUCAUAACAUUGCAAUGCAGAGUCCGGCACACUGCUACACCAAGGAUGGAGGGAUUAAGGACAAGAGUUAGCAGCACAAUACAGAAAUAUCACAACUUGCAUCCCUCUUUCGGGUUAAUUCUUUGCUCUGUGGACAUCAUCCACCUGACACAUGAUCUUUAACUUACAAAGCACGUUUGACACAAUAAAUAUAGGCUUACUGUACUAUAAAGCUCAAUUAACUCAACCCACUGAACUGUGGGUUGCCAUCUACUGCCAUGUUAAUUUUCUGUAACUUUGUAUUUCCUAAAUUCUGUAAUCACAUUGCAUAUCCUUAAGACGGACAAAGCCUUGCAGUCUGUAUCACUGGUUCUCAACUGGUUUUGACUUAGUAAUCAUUAAUUUGAGGUUAACAUGAAAUUACAGUGUAGUCUACAAAAAUUGUAUCAUCAAAGUUGACUAUUGAUUCAGGAAUCAUAAACAACCCAUCAAAUACAAAACAUUGAAACCACUUGAGAUUGAUUUUACAAAAAUAUGAAUACAAUGACAUACUUAAAGAUUUUCAUUUAUUGCCACUUUCUGUUUCAUACCAAACAGUGCUUCACAAUGAUUUACCUUCCUAUCUCCCAACCGAAUAAUAAUGUUAUAAUGUAUUUAAACCGGAUCAAUACCACUGUACUGCCAUUAACCAGAUAAAACAUGGUUUAUGUAUCAACUCAA